GUAGGACAUAUAAAAAUAGAUAUGGCCAAGCAAACCGAGUUGUCAUUCCGCUGUCCUUACGUAAACGUUUAUUGCAGCUCCUGCAUGACGGCCAUUGGGGUGUGGUGAAAAUGAAGCAGCUUGCUCGCAGCCACUGCUGGGGGCCGGGUAUCGACAAAAGCAUCGAGAACCUCGCUAAAGACUGCGAAAUCUGCAAAACGAACUCAUCUAAUCCUGCUUGCGAAUUCAGCAACUAGCCGGAGGCCGCACGACUUCGCGGGGCCUGUAUUUAAUCAUAUGUGGCUAGUAUGUGUAGAUGCAUACUCGCAAUAUCCCUAUGUGAGACAGCUGAAAACAACGACGACGACAGAUACCCUUAUGGCUCUAUCCGCCAUAUUCGCUAUUGAAGGGCUUCCCGAGACGCUGGUUAGUGACAAUGGGCCGCAACUGACAGCCGACCUCUUCAAACAAUUUUGCGCUAAAAAUGGAAUAAAACAUGUCACAUCAGCACCUUUUCACCCGGCAUCAAACGGAUUAGCUGAACGCUUUGUUCGCACUUUCAAAACGGCAAUGGUCAAGAAUUUGCAAGAUGGCUUGUCGAUUCCAGCUGCUUUGAUAAAAUAUCUUUCGACGUAUCGUUCAAUGCCCAACGCUGAUGGUAAGACACCUACACAACUAUUGCAUGGUCGCGCCGUUCGCACGUUGCUUUCGCAAGCACUGCCAAUCACUCAGAGUGAACCGAACAAAAAGGCCAACGCAAAAUUUAAACCCUCGCAAUUGGUUUACAUGCGGAAUUAUGCUCGCGGCCCUAAGUGGAUAAAAGGUUGCAUCGACAGAGUUCUGGGCAAAAUGACGUACAUCGUACAUUCCCCGAUGGGCUAUCAAAAACGACACCAAAACCAACUCAAGGAAAGAAACGAAGAUCGUCCCACAGCGCAACCUUUUUUCGANCAUGGUCGCGCCGUUCGCACGUUGCUAUCGCAAGCACUGCCAAUCACUCAGAGUAAACCGAACAAAAAGGCCAACGCAAAAUUUAAACCCUCGCAAUUGGUUUACAUGCGGAAUUAUGCUCGCGGCCCUAAGUGGAUAAAAGGUUGCAUCGACAGAGUUCUGGGCAAAAUGGCGUACAUCGUAUAUUCCCCGAUGGGCUAUCAAAAACGACACCAAAACCAACUCAAGGAAAGAAACGAAGAUCGUCCCACAACGCAACCUUUUUUUGACGCCACU